UCAUUCUCUACCCGCAGCACCCUCCCCAUCUCUCUCCCUCUUGCUCCUUUUCUCCUCCUUUCUCCUCCCCCCUUCUCUCUCUCCCUCCCUUUUUCCCUCCCUCCCUUUCCCUCUCUCCCCUCCUCCCCUCCUCUCCUCCUCCCUCCCUCUUCUUUCACCCCCACCUAUUCCCUCUCCCUCUUCUCUCUCAGCUCCCUAACAUUAAGGAGAAAAUGCUGCUAUCAGUGACUUCCAGGCCUGGGAUUUCAACUUUUGGCUAUAACAAGAACAACAAGAAGCCAUAUGUGUCAUUGGCUCAGCAGAUGGCACCACCUAGUCCAAGCAGCAGUACCCCUAACAGCAGUAGUGGGAGCAAUGGAAAUGACCAGCUGAGCAAAACCAACCUGUACAUCCGAGGAUUGCAACCAGGCACUACUGACCAGGACCUUGUCAAACUGUGUCAGCCAUAUGGCAAGAUUGUUUCCACUAAGGCCAUACUGGACAAGACCACAAACAAAUGCAAAGGCUAUGGCUUUGUGGAUUUUGACAGUCCUUCAGCAGCACAGAAAGCUGUAACAGCACUGAAAGCCAGUGGUAUACAAGCACAGAUGGCAAAGCAACAGGAGCAGGACCCCACAAAUUUAUACAUCUCAAACCUCCCAUUGUCAAUGGAUGAACAAGAACUGGAGGGGAUGCUGAAGCCCUUUGGCCAGGUUAUCUCUACCCGAAUCCUUCGAGACACCAGUGGGACCAGCAGAGGGGUUGGCUUUGCAAGGAUGGAGUCCACAGAGAAGUGUGAAGCCAUCAUCACCCACUUUAAUGGAAAAUAUAUUAAGACACCCCCUGGAGUACCAGCCCCUUCUGAUCCCUUGCUUUGCAAAUUUGCUGAUGGUGGGCCAAAGAAACGACAGAACCAAGGAAAAUUUGUACAAAAUGGACGGGCCUGGCCAAGGAAUGGAGACAUGGGUGGUAUGGCCUUGACCUAUGACCCCACCACAGCUCUUCAGAAUGGGUUUUACCCAGCUCCUUAUAAUAUCACCCCCAACAGGAUGCUUGCACAGUCUGCACUCUCCCCAUAUCUUCCAUCACCUGUGUCUUCAUAUCAGAGAGUGACUCAGACAUCUCCUCUACAAGUACCUAAUCCAUCUUGGAUGCACCACCAAUCAUACCUCAUGCAGCCUUCAGGUUCAGUUCUGACUCCAGGAAUGGAUCAUCCCAUUUCUCUCCAGCCUGCCUCCAUAAUGGGACCCAUUACCCAGCAACUGGGACACCUCUCCCUCAGUGGCACGGGCACGUAUAUGCCAACAGCUGCAGCUAUGCAAGGAGCUUACAUUUCCCAGUACACCCCGGUGCCUUCUUCCAAUGUUUCAGUUGAGGAGAGCAGCGGCCAACAAAAUCCAGUGGCGGUGGAUACGCCCUCAGACCAUGGAGUCUAUUCUUUCCAGUUCAACAAGUAACAGAGGCCAAGCCUGCCUACUUUGCCUUUUUACAGGUUUUAAUUUUGUGGAUUUCUUUUUUGAAUGAAAUUUCAUAUGGAAGUUUUUGAGGGCUGGGCAAGGAACAAGGCAGAAUACUAAACAGGCAAUGAGUGGCUUUUUCUCCCUCUGCCCUGCCACAUCCUGGGAGAAAAGACUAGACUUUGGCUUCAGGAAGCAGAGAUGUGACCUAGGCUCAUUAAAGAGACAGUUCUACAGCUUUUGGGAACCACCCUUGAGCCAAAUUUGGUUGAUGACUAAGUCUUCCCUGGCAAAUUCUGGAAGGAUGGACUUACUGACUUCUGAUUAACUCUUCUCACUGCCGAGGCCAACACUCUGAGGAGGUAUCUUUUCCAGCUACAGCUUUUUGAGAAUACCUGCUUUCCUGCCUUCUGGAGAAUCUUCUUUUCUGCCCCGAGUCCCAUGGUUCCUCUCUUCCCUGUUGCACGUUGCUGUGCUCAGAGCCUUUGUAGCUGUGGCCUAGCUGAAUCCACCUAGGCUCUCUCCCCACUGUGGAAGAUCUGCUGCUUCACCUAUAGACCAGUGGUUCUCAACAGGAAGUGGUUUUGUCCCCCAGACACUGCUGGCAACAUCUGAAGACAUUUUUGAUUGCCGUGCCUGGAGGUGGGGUGUGUGUGCUACUGGUGUCUAGUGUCCAGGGAUGCUGUUAAACAUCCUACAGUGCACAGGACAACUCCCACUACUCCCAACAAUUAUCUGGCUCAAAAUAUCAAUAGUGCAAAGGGUGAGAAACCUUGAUAUAGACAGUGUUGUUCCUGCCUCCUGGGAUGAGGUAAAUUCCCAUCCCAACCCUGGACACACAGUGCCUUUUGACACUCAUGCAACUGGUUGGGAAGGAUGAAACUGGGAUCCUUGAAUUCUCCCCAGGCUUUGACCUUUGACACCUCUGCAUACCGCAAGAGCUGUCCUUGAGAGGCUUGUGGCUGUGAGAGAUCAAGGUGGGGACUGUUCUGUGUGCACUAUGCAGAAGUGGAAUAGGACAAAGCUCUUUGUAACUGUCCAGAGCAACCUGACCUGCCCUGGUGUGUUUGGACCCCUUCCCCAGGGAACCAGGACAUCAGAAAUAAUUUUCCUUCUUGUAGAAGGAUGUCAGGGAACUAUGAUAGAAAAGGGCAAUAAAUUACAUCUCAUUAUUUAUAAGGUCAGGAGUCCUUUUAAAAACCUUGUAUCUUACUCUUUAAUGAUCCGCUUUUGUAAGACCUGACUCUGUGCACAUGGAGACCAACAGAAGAAAGCUUUUGCCCAUCUUCUAGGAAAUAAGAUCCUGCUCCUGUCUUUUCCCAGUUACUCCCUUACGCACUGAAAGGAGAAUUCUGCUUUCCUUCACUUCAAGGCCGUGUGCCUGUCCACCAGACAAUCAGACAAAGCCAAAUGAUGGAGGAUGGAGAAACAUAUGUUCAUUAGGCUGGCUGUAGGGAGAGGAAAGGGAUGAUAUUGGGGAAAAAUAGAUUGUAGUAUCAGUUCUUGUACAUACAGCUUGGGCCCACUUUCCCUUCCUUUGCACCCACCCCAGAAUUGAGAGUCCCAAUGCUCCCUUCCCCCAGGCUGUCCCUUGUACAUCUUGAGGGGGGAAAUAGGUAGGAUGUAAAGUGUAAAGGACAAAAUUGCCGCUAUUUUCUCAUUGGUGCUUCCAACCUCAGGUAGGGCUUAUCCAAUGUAAAAUAGCCCCAAGCCCAGUAACCUUCUAGAGGUGUUUGGCUGGGCAGAAAGAUCCCGUUUUUGAGUUUCCAGUCUUCAGUCAAGGAAAACAUACCAUGGCUGCUUUCUUGUCAGUGGCCUUUAAGAAAAAGAGAAAACAAAUCUAGAAUUCUAUUCAUUUGAUUGAUGGUACAUUGGGGGAUCCUUGCUGUGCUAGGUUUAGUGCAAUGGAGGCCUUUCACUUGUAGAAACUGCUGUAGCUGUCACUGUCACCUUCUGUGCAUCCCAGAACUCCUGAUUCUGUCCCCUUUCUCUGUCUUUAAAAAUAAUGUUAAAUGGCCAUUAUUUUUUGUUUUGUUUUAAAUUUUUAAGUUAACUUUUGGGGUUCUCCUCAUGUGAAUGUACUUGUUAGAUUCUAUUAAUGAGAGUUUCUGGUUUGGGCAUGGGAAGUGAUGGGUAGCCUGAAGUUAUCUUUGUAGACGGAAGAAUUUCUUUUUGGUGCUUUUGGUUUACACUCAUAUUUUUCCCUCUAGUUAGUUCAUUUCUAACAGUGGGUGAGUGAUUGGAGAAAGGAGGAAAAGGAAUGAGGGAUACUGUUUCUCCUAUGACAUAGCCUAUUGGUCAGGGAGGUGGCAGGGGAAUUGUAGGGGACCCUUCCAGCUCAGUCUAGGGUAGGGCUCUUUAAAUACUAGGCCUAAUGUUUUCUAAAUCCUGUCUUCUGGCCCGGCCUGUGGCUCACUUGGGAGAGUGUGGUGCUGACAACACCACGUUAAGGGUUAAGAUCCCCUUACCAGUCAUCUUAAAAAAAAAAAAAUCCUGUCUUCGUGGAGCCCAUCUUAUUUUCCCUGUACUUUAUAUCUCCCCCAACUCAUUACAGAUGCUCAUACCAUUUAAAAAAUAUUUUAGUAUUCCAUAUUUUUAUUUUUAGUCACAUAGAACAUUCCAGAGUCCCUUCUUCAGUUGGUAUAAUCCUUUAUUAGAAUCCAAGCCUACCUAUCCCAUCUCAUGCCAGUAUUAUUGUGGCUCCUCUCAAGCUCUGAUACUCAGACCCUAGACUGGACUUUUUGGAGGAGGGUGCCAGUAGAGGUUAGGCAGAUGUGGGGACGAUGAUGGGGAGGGAUAUUUUUAAAGAGUGUUUUUAACCAAAGACUUUGAAGAGCUGCCCAGCCUAGGAAACCUGGUGAAUCUGAAGAGCUAAUAGCCCUUGUCAGUAAUACAUAGGGGUGGUAGGAGGACCUUACUUGCACUGAGGAUAAAGACCAGACUUUGUUGCUCCACAGGUCAUCCCUGGGUUGGGCCAUCUCAGCCCCAUUCCAUUCCUAACUUACUAAUCAGUGAGCUCAUUCACCCCCUUUAAUGCCUCCAGUGCUCACUCCCCGCUACUCCAAUGUGUCAGCCCAUUGGGGGCUGAGGCCUAUAUGUGGGCUAUUAUUUUACACCAUUAAGAUGCUGUGAGAGGUCUUGUUGGAAUUUGCAGGGAUCCCAGACAGUGGCUGUUUGUUUUCUAGAAAAGGAACCAUUACUGCUGUCUUGUGCAUUUGCCCCACCUUCUGGUAAUGUGGCAUCAUUGCACUCACGACGUGAGGAGCUACUUUGCCUUCAUAGCCAAGGGGAAUAAAUGUGUGAGGGUGGUCAAGUCCCAACUUGCCCCCGGGUUGUGCUAGACCUGAAUUAGCAGAUUUCAGAGAAGAGGGUGGGUGUUAUAAAAGCCAGUCUGUAAGAGGUAGGUCUAGAAUCUUGUGCCUUCUUAAUUCCCUUUUAUUUUUUUUUUUGUCAUUUUCGUUACGGGCACUCAGCCAGUGAGUGCAUCGGCCAGUCCUAUAUAGGAUCCGAACCCGCGGCGGGAGCGUUGCUGCGCUCCCAGGUCCGCACUCUCCCGAGUGCGCCACGGGCUUGGCCCUUCUUAGCUCCCUUUUAAACCAACUACUCCAUUUCUGUGCAACCUGCAUUUUAGAUCCUUCCAAGCAUUAGCAGAGUCCUGAAAUUUACUCAGCUUUCACCCCUCCAUUCCAUAGCAGUCUUCCUUCAGCAGCUAAAACCAGCCUGAGUUCCAUCUCACUCCUGAUCUUUACUGAAUUUUGCUGCACCUCACUAGGAGUGGUCCCCACAUGACUGUAAUGAGAAAGCUAGGUGCCCUUAUCACCCAUUACCACUGCUCUUUCUCCCUAGUCUGUCUACUGCUGUUUUGAAUAAACCAUUCUCCAGGCAGAUUCCCAAACUUCCUGUCCUUGUUAAACAGCUACCUCACAAUCUCACAAGUCAACAAGGGCACAGCACCUGGUUUACAUCUCUCUUUAUUGUCCUUUAUGAGUUAGGAAGCUGCAGGCUAGAAAGGAUUCAUGAUCAAACACAAAAAGUUUGGAUACUUCUAUUUUGGGGAUGUCUUCUCUGGGAUUUUUAGCUCACUAAUCACCCUAAAAUAGUAAGUAUGAACUCUCCAGAUAGGUCCUGCUGUGGUAGGCCAGGGGUAGGCUAUGUAAUGACUGCCUAGGAUAACUAAUGGUUGGGAGACACCCCCAAGAACAACAUUGGAGCAGAGCUUAAAACUUAAGAGGAUAAACAAGUCAGUGGCUGCCACGCAGCUGAGGAGGUAACCAAGCACCAAAGAGGGAGUUUGUGACUUUUUUAUAGGGCUAAAAGCAGAUGUUCCUUCCUCACCUUAACACCCAGUUUAGAGGGUUCACCAAGACAAAGAUUCCAGCCUGAGUACAUAAAGUCCCCACCCCAUUAUCGGUGUUCCCACUCCCCCAACACAUACUCUUUUUAGGUGGGUGAAUACUUUGUUGCAUGUACUUAUCACUGCGGACAGGAAAUAAGUUUUAAACACAUUUUGUACUUUUCUUUAUCCAGAGUCUUCUAGUUUUAUAUACUCUUCCCAUGUUUAUGCCAAUGCCACCCUUCCUGCUUAUUCUUCCUUUUCUGACCCCCGGUCUUCCCAUAAUCCUUUCCUACAAUUUGGUAAAGCUCCAUCUUAUUUCAACUUUAAAAAAAAAAUAAAACAAAAGUCUAUGUCUUGGUUUCUUAUCCAUGGUGGGAGGUGAUGGGCCCACAUUUGCUACUUACUACAGAACACAGGUGGCACCUUAGGGAGCCAAAGCCAUGUCUGACAAGAAGACAGGAACUAGGCACAUUGAAUCCCAGUUUAUUUCAGCAUCUCAGCCAGACUUAGGAAUCUUGUUUCUAGACACCUCUUGUAUAGGAAAGGCCAAACAGGUUUAAGAAGAAAUCUUGGAAGUUUAGGGGCACAUUGUUCCCCUGCCUGCCACCUCUUACACUAAGCCAGUCAUACCCAUCCCAACACCCAGUCUCCCUUACAUGUGUGUGGGCACCUAAGUUGAAGGGAAGAUAAAUACACAGAGUCUUUUGAAUCUCUAUCAAA